AUGUCUUUCACGGAGACAGUUCAUCUGAAAUUAUACUGGAAUACUACUUAUACAACUGAACCUGAUGGAACUAUCACGGUACAGCGAGAUACGCUGGAUGGUUAUCUUAUUAUUGAUCGUAUGUUAGAUUUCUCGGAACUUGUUGAUAAGGUAUGUGGUGUGAUGGAAGUUGAUAGAGAAGGGAUGUGUAUUGAUUUUUUAUUGGUAUGGACGGAGAGGUCAGGGAAAAGGUCUCGUGUGCACAUUAAUGAUGAUAAUACUGUACGGUUCCUUUAUCUUUGUGCUGAUAAAUGGCUGGAAUUGUACCCUAAAAAUGUUGAGAGAAUAGGCCAUGGUUAUGCAAGUACAUCUGGCCAGGAUAUUGGUGUGGGCACUAGUGGUGGUAGAACAGUUGAAGACAAUGAAGAUGGAGAUGAAGAUGAAGAUGAAGAUGAAGAUGGCAGGGUGUCGAAAGCAGUGAUGAUGAUACCAUAUGUUUUCGACGAUGUCAGUGGAUGGGAGAAGACUUUAGAGGAAGGAGAUUCUGAUGGAAUAAAAAUGUGGGACGGUAAUCCGAUGACGGUUGACCUUGAUGUACAUUUCACCAACAAGCUUGAGGCACAUACGGCAGUGGGAGAAUGGAACUUGCGACAUGGUCGGCCUUUCCGGGUGAAAACUAGCUCUAAACGAACAUGGUAUGUCGAAUGCGAGACCUAUAGGCCCAAAUAUCCGAAAGAGCGUCUUCAUGGCUAUGAUUGCAUGUGGAAGGCGCAAGUUUUGCUAGAGAAGGCUACCGAUACUUGGAAAAUGGUGGUAUGGUCCGAUUCCCACAACUGUCUUGGGGCAAACAAGAGAAACGAGUCCCGAAACGUGACGUCUUCUAUGAUUGCUAGACUGGUUGCCCAAAAUGUAGGAAAACAUCCAGCUUUGAUCCUAGCAUCCUUUCAGAAAAGCAACAAUCUGUUUCAGGCAAACAUUGAUAUGAUCCAGAUAUGCCAGAAUGUUCUACCUCCUAAGCCCAUGAAACUGUAUGAAGAGGCCCCAGAGAAAUCAAUGAGGCAACAGGGUCAGAAGCGUGUGAAUCGAAAAAAAGGUUUGAUGGAUUAUACAAGCAAAUCUGGCCAGCGAAGACUCCAAACUUGCAGUUUAUGUAAACUACAGGGCCAUAAUGCCAGGGCAUGCCCAUAUGCGACAGUUUGCGCACGAUGUGGAAGUUUAGAUCAUGAUGCUGUGGAAUGCCCAUUUUCUCAUCCACCUGCUGACAGGACCGCUAUUGAUAAACUUUACGAUCCAUAUGGAAUUCGUGCCAUGGAGAUUGGAUCAUCUUCUUCCUCCCAAUCUACCUCAAAAAAGCUACGGCAGGGACCUAGAGACAAUAGUUUGUCGUUCUUCCAAAACGCCCCCAGGUUCCAGAUAGAGGAGUACAAAUUGACUAGCGUUUCCAUCACUGAAAUAAAGACUCACAUAGAGAACAAUCCUUUGACAGACCAGUCCCCCCACGAGGCACAUUUACAGCGAGCCUUUUGUUUUGUUGGAUGGCUAGUUGGCGGAUUACUGUUCUUUAACACUACGAGAAACAGUUUUCCACUCGAUCUUGUGCAUUUUCUGCAUACUCCCGAGAUAUGCUCGGAGUACAGUUGGGGUAGCGCAGCACUAUGUUACUUGUACCGCAGCAUGUCCAAGUCAUCUCUGGCCGCUUCCGCAAAGGCUAUUACCGGCUGUGUGAUUCUUCUUCAGCUCUGGGCCUGGGAGCGGAUUUUGAUGGUUCAGCCAAAGAUACUGGGUGAGGAGCUCGAUCUUUCUCAUUGUCCAUUGCGCACGAGGUGGUUUCUUCUCGCAGAGUCAGAUUUUGUAUGGAUGCCGUACACGACUUUUCUGGGUCGUAUUGCCAGGGUUUGUCUUGAGGGACAGGGCAUCUGGCGAUCUCAGACAUGGCUCCUCUGCGGUGAUGUCGUUGCGCCACACAACCUCAGUAGGGUAUUUCGCCAAUUUGGUUAUCACCAGUGGAUACUCAGCGACGCAUUGCUUCUGACCAAAGAGGAAAUUACUAGCCUGCUGAAGAGGAAGCUGUUUGGAGGAUCCGAUAGGAGAUGGAUACAACAACUAGGCAAAUAUCUCCAGGUUUGGAAUGUUCGCCACGGCAGACUUGUCGGGACUGAUGAUGAUUAUGUUGGCGAGCCUACAACAGAUUCGGAGCAUCUCUUAUGCUACCAUCAGGUUACUGUAAAGUAUGUUACGGAUCCGACAGACUCUGAAAACACGAGGGGUUUUCAUGGCUCUGCAAAGACCUUGCGCCUCAUGGCCACUUUGAUGGAGGACGUUCGUAGUCUUAGUAUUAUAGGCCAGCAUACUUUCGACAAGGAUUCCUUUGGUUAUGAUCGCUUAGGCGAGAUUGCCCAGGUUGCUGAGCGGCGUUAUCCAACAGGCGUUUACCGUCCCAUUAUGUCUCCCCAGCACCAGCAGUCCCAAUUUGCCUUCACUCAGUUUUCCUCCUCCCAGACUUCUCAGCUUCAGUUUGGAGAUUCUUUUAUUGACUUUUCUGGGUUCCAGCAAAGUUCUCUAGAUGGCCAGUCGAUACAUUACACGAGUAACUUUCUUUCGAGUAUGUUUGAGGGUGUUGCGGGUCAAGAUCAGGCUGAUGACCCAGCUGGAGGUGAGCGUGAGAGUCAGGGUAAAGAUGAGGAUGAGGAUGAGGAUGAGGUUGAGGAUGCAGACCAGCAGGAUCAGUUUGAGGGUCAGGGUUAUCAGUGCCAUAAGGAGCAGGGAUCAAGUCAGACUCUAGGGACUCCACCGUUGGCUGUGAGUAAAGGCCAGAGAGUGACAAAGGAGCCCGAUAGAUUGACUUAUAGCUAUUUUCAUGCUAAAAAGUCCAAGAAGAAGUAG